AUGCUCUUCUUCGUGAACCCACAAUCCUACGUCGACCCCGAGGACGCGUACGUCGAGUUUAAGCGUAGAGAAUACGUCGCCGCGCUCCAAGAACAGCAGCGUCGCUCGCAAUUCCAGCGUGAGCUCGAGCUUGAGGAGCAGAGACACAGACUCGCGCUCGCGUCCAUUGCUCAGCAAGAGGCUGCUCGUCGUCGUCAGCAGCAGCAGCAACGUCGUCAAUCCGUUCCCAUUUUUGCUUUCCAACAACCUUCUCAACCCCAUCAAUACUCCUGUGGACCCACUCAACAGGAGGGUGGAUGUGCCGGCCGUCGAUUCUGUCGCCAGCCCGCCCCCGAAGAGAUUUUGAAGCGUCGUCAGGCUCGCCAAGAAGAAGAGGAGCGACGUGCUCGUGCAUUCCAUGAGCAAGUUCUCUCGCAGAUCUUUGGUGUCGCCGUCGACGCCUCUGAAGAGACGCGUGCGUCUACUGCAUCUCAGGACAAAGGCAAAGGACGCGCUACUGAUGGUCCAACUCAGCAUGCUCCAGCCACUGACAAAUCCAAGGAUGCAGAAGCCCAACCCCACUGGUCCGCCGCUCCUGAACGCGCCCGCUCACUCGCCGAAAUCACGUCUAUCCAUCGUACAUUUGCCUCUCUGCGCAACACCUUUGUCUUUCCCACUGGUCCGCUCGAGCGAUUGGCAGGCAGUCAAGAUGAUGUCCCUCGUCUCGCCUACAACGCUGUCAACGCCACCAUUCAUGCUUAUGAUCACGCACUCUCCGAGCUGCUGACCAAGCUCGAUGGCGUCGAGAGCCAUGGGUUCAAGGGCGUCCGUGAGGCGCGCAAACAACUCGUCGUCAAAAUUGAAGCCGAGCUAGAGCGUAUAGAAAAAUUGGUGGCGGAGCGUCUCGCUGGUGCUGUUUCACCUGUCGCGACUUCCUCCAACGCGACCCUUCCUGUCGAGGUCCACAUCCCGAUUGAGGAGUCGGCGUCCUCUUCCUCUUCCACCAUCACGGAACGUGCAGUUCAUGAAGAAGGUGUAGAGAAGCGCGCCGUCGAGGAUGUUGAUACGGAAGCCCCUACUGCCGACACGACCGAGGUUGCAGGCUACGACUUUGAACCUGACGAGGUUACCGACUCUGUUCCCGCCCCGACAACCGAAGUCACCGAAUCCCUGAUCGCUGAGCAAGCUGAAGAUAACUCGAUGGAAGUCGAGCCUACCGCCGCCGCCGCUGCUACUGUAUCCGAUAACGAUAUCCCUGCCGAAGAAGCUCACGAGCCUAAAGAUGUCUCCACGCCCGUCGAAACCUCUGCUUCUGUCCCCGCGUCAACGGCAGAAUCGCAUCAACCGCCAACACAAUCGCAACCCUCGCCGGUAGUCGAUGCUGCUCCUGCGUCAACAGAACCCGCCAACGAAAUGGCGCACAAAUUCCCUCCGACUACAGUACUCGACGUUUCGAACACAUCUGACGAAGAGUCUGAAGUCGAGGACGCAAUCCACGUAGAGAUAUCGUCCGAGGAUGAUCUAGCCGAGUCGGAUCACGACACUUUUGAGAUGAUCUAA